UCGCCGCCAUCUUUGUGUUUGGCAACAGUGAUGUCUGCCCUCAGCCUGCCAACACGUCCACUAUAAAACACAGCCCUUGGAGGGGAAGAAGACACAGGGUGCUGGCAAGGAGGUGUCAUGCCAACGGGUGCCACGCAAGUGUGUGCACCACAAAGGCAGAGGGUGUCAGCUCUGCUGGUCUCAGCCAUGUCCUGCACUGCCCACAGCUCGAGAUCCCCAAUAGGGCUGGGAGGGGGCACGUCAUAGAAUCAUAAAAUGGCUUAGGUUGGAGAGGACCUUAAGGACAAUCCAGUUCCACCUCCCCUCACUAGGCAGGGUUGCCAACCGCUGGGUCAGGCUGCCCAUGAUCCAACCCAGCCUGGCCUUGAGUGCCACCAGAGAUGGGGCAGCCACAACUUCUGGACAAUCUGCCCCAGCACCUCACUGCCCUCUGAGUCAAACAUUUCCCCUUAACAUCUAACCUGAAACGUCGUGGUGGUUUCAAACCCUCCUCUCCCUCCCCUGAAGCUUGCCCAGCCCUCCCAUGGCACCCUCUCCCCUGCAGCUGCCCUGUGCCUGGGUGCAGGGGUUUGAAGGCUGCCAGUGCUCCCUACCCUGCCUGGUGCUGAGCCCUCCCAUGUUCCCCCCCCAGCUGUAACCGCAGAGGUAACCCAAUGCCUGUGUGUGGCCCCCCCGCAUCGUGCCGUGGGCCAGCAGCAGCGAGAUGAGGGACAGGCAGGGCUGGUGGUGAGCUGGACCCAUAGCAGAAAGGGCCUCAAAGCAGCCACUGCCCCCUGCAACAGUCACAUCCCCACAGCCUGAGCCCACGGGGCAGACGAGGCUUUCAGGCACAGCCAUCGGGUGUCCGGGUGCCACGGGACUGGAGUUGCCAUGAAGAGCUUGAAGGCCAGGUUCAGGAAGGCAGAUAGUCAGGACUGGACUAAGAAUGAUGAGAAGCUCCUGCAAGCUGUGGACUACAACGAUGCUGGAAAGGUGGCAUCCCUCCUCGUCCGCAAGGGCCUGGUCCCCACCAAGCUGGAUUCAGAGGGCAAAUCUGCGUUUCAUCUGGCUGCCACACGGGGGAACGUGGACUGCCUUGAAGCCAUGUUAGCUCACGGCGUGGAUGCCAUGACCAAGGACAGCUCGGGUUACACUGCCCUACACCUGGCAUCCAAGCAUGGCCACCCACAGUGUGUGAGCAAGCUGCUGCAGGCCUCUUGCCCUGUGGAUGUAGCUGAUAGCAGCGGCCAGACGGCGCUGCACCAUGCAGCAAUGAGUGGCUGCAUAUCGUGCUCAGAGAUCCUCUGCGAUUACAAAGCUCCCCUGAACAUUAAGGACAAGAAUGGCUGCACGCCGUUGAUCCUUGCUGCCAAGAUGAGCCACUCAGAGCUCUGCCAGUACCUGCUGCACCGUGGAGCAGCCAUCAACAGCCGGGACCUGCAGGGGAAGACAGCCCUGAUGCUGGCCUGUGAGAACGGCAGCGUGGAGACCGUGGAGGUGCUCAUCAAUGCUGGUGCACGGGUGGCCUUGGUGGACUCGAUGGGCCACGAUGCUGCACACUACGGCCUGUCCACGGGCAAUGCUCUCAUCCAGCACUUCCUGCAAGAGGCUGCUCAGCGCCAGUCCUGGGCCAGUGAAGAGGAAUCAUCUGAGCAGACAUCCCAGACAUCUUCACCCAGCCAGUCGGCAGGCAGAGAGAAAAGCAACACCCCGAGGAAGAGGAAAGCUCCCCUGCCUCCCCCAGGUACCCCAGGCCAGGAGGACCAGGAUGCUUACGAGGAGAUCGUGCGGCUGCGGCAGGAACAGGCACAGUUCUUGCAGAAAAUUCGGGGCUUGGAGCAGCAGGAGAAGGAGAGACGAGAGCAGGCAGAGCUGGAUAAGGGCUCCCUCCGCUCCAUGGAGAAGCAGAUCCAAGAGCUGGAGGAGCGGCUGGCAGCACGGGAAAGAGAGAAGGAGCGGCUGGGGAAGGAGGUGGAGGUUCUGCAGAGCCGCUUGUCCUCGCUGGAGAAUGAGAAGGAAAACACGAGCUACGACAUCGAGACGCUGCAGGACGAGGAAGGAGAGCUGCUUGAGUUCCCAGGGGCAGAGCUGCUGCUCUCCAAGAAGACCCUGAGCCCUUCGGCUGAGGAGCUGCUGGCCACGCUGCAGGGCCAGGUGCAGUCCCUCACCAUGCAGAACAAGGAGCUGAGGGAGAAGAUACAGGUCCUGGAGAACUUCGAGAGGGAUGAAAGCGACCCUUCUUCCCCUGGGGACUUCGUGCCUGCCAGCCUCUACAACUCCCUCAAGCGUGAGCUGGAGAGGCUGCAGGCUCAGGGCACAGCUGUGGCCGAGCGUGGGAGGCAGAGCCCUGCAACAGAGCCUGGUGGAAAGGGCAGCAAGGAGCAGCGGUGUGCUGAGCAACAGGUCCAGAGCCGCUGCAAGUGUGAGCUGCAGGUGCCACUCCAGCAGUCUCCCUCCAGCCCCGUGCAGGAGGGUGGCAAUGAGCUGGCCGAGGCACGGGUGGCCCUGAAGCAGGUGCAGGCGGCGCUGGAGGAGCGGGAGCAGCAGGUGCGGGAGCUGCAGGGCCGCUUGGAGGCUGGUGCCCAGGAGGAGGCAUUGCGGGAGAAGGCGGCCCUGCUGGAGCGCUGCAGCCGAGCAGAGGCGGUGGCGGAGGCGAUGAGGUGCGAGCUGGAAGCCAAGACCCAGGGCUGGAGGGCGGGCAAUGCACCCGAGCUGGAGCCAGGAGUGCCGGAGCAGCGCACGGCCGAGCUGGCACGGCAGCACGGGGAGGUGACGGCUCAGCUGGGGCAGCUGCGAGAGGUGCUGAGCUGCAGGGAGGCCGAGCUGGAGACCCUGCGAGAGCAGCUGGCAGCCCGGCCGGUGGGACGGCAGGAGCACGAGGAGGUGCUGGCCCGGCUGCAGCAAGCACAGAGGGAAGCCAAGGGCCGGGUGUCACCAGAGGAGCACGCUCGGGCCACAGCGGCGCUGCAGGAGCAGCUGCAGGCGUUGCAGCAGCGGGCGGAUCGGCUGCAGGCUGCGGCGGAGGCCAAAGGGCGCGAGGCUGCCCGGCUGCAGGCUGAGCUGGCAGCGGCGGUGCCGCGUGGGGAGCACGAGGCGGUGCAGGAGGGGCUGCGGGCCGAGGCGGCGGCGUUGAGCCAGAAGCUGAAUGAGCUGUCACGACGGCACGAGAAGACGUGCGAGGAGGUGUUCCGGGUGCAGAGGCAGGCGCUGUUCAUGAAGAGUGAGAGGCAGGCGGCCGAGGAGAGGCUGGCCGCGGUGCAGCAGCAGCUGGCCGAGGCGCGGGACGAAGCGCAGCGCCUGCAGGACCUCCACGGCCACGCGGAGGACUCAGCCCGGUUGGUCAGGGACAGGGAUAGGAAGAUCACUGAGCUCUCCAAGGAGGUCUUCAGGCUGAAGGAGGCCCUGAAUGCUCUCCCAGAGUCCAAGGGAGUGCUGCAGACCCCCCCCGACACCGCUGCCAUGCAGUCCAGGAUCCGGGCGCUGGAGGAGAAGCUGGCGGUGGGUACCGGGGUGCCUGAUGGGUUCCCAGGUCCCUGCCCCAAGCCCAAGCCUGCUCACUCUCUUUCAGGACACGGAGCAGCAGCACAGCAAGGUGAUCAAGCUGUACCGGAGCCACCUGCUCUAUGCAGUGCAAGUGAGCUGGGACAUGGCCGUGGGGACAUGGCCGUGGGGGACCACUGCACCAUGUGUGCACCAGUGCCCCGUACACAGUGGUGGCAGCAAAGGCUCCUGAAUGUCCCUUCUGCCCCAGGGCCACAUGGAUGAGGACGUGCAGAGGCUGCUGUGCCAGAUCCUGAAGAUGCAGAGGCUGCAGGAGCAGGGCAGAUGAAUCCCCACCAGCGAGGCAGUACUACAGGGACCACAGGCACAGCCAGCACCCUGGCCGGGUGGGGGGGGGGUCAGGCCCAUGCUUACACCCUCGCGGCCCCUUUGCUUCUCUGAGCAGCACCCUGGUGCUGGCACACACAUCUCUAACCCUCACCUGGCACUGGGGGUCCUGUGCUGGCCCCCACGCUGCUGCACACACCCCAGCACAGUAGCAAUAAAGCAUUUC